UGUCUUUUCCUCCCUUUACUCUUCAACCGUCCGUUCUUUUGCAAAAUCAAAUCCCACCGUCCAUACCAUCCGUACACCACUUACUCUCCCUGGUCCGUCAUCUACUCUAUCACAGCCUCAGGCGCUACAAUAUACCCCGCGUAUCUUAGCAUCAUCCCCCACACAACUUUCAAAAUAAAUAGCGGGGGGAGAAGAAGCAGAACCGGUUUUAGGGUUUUGAUUCACUCUCUACUUUCAAGUUCUUCGAAUUCCGUUUGCUGGUGUAGAGAGAGUGAGAGAGAGAGAGAGAGAGAGAAAAGGAAAAUGGUGAAUCCGAGAUGCUAUUUGGACAUAAGUAUUGGAGGAGAACUGGAAGGGAGGUUGGUGGUGGAGCUAUACAAAGACGUUGUUCCGAAAACCGCUGAGAAUUUUAGGGCUCUUUGUACCGGAGAGAAGGGGAUUGGCCCUAACACUGGUGUUCCUCUUCAUUUGAAGGGCUCCUGUUUUCAUCGUGUUAUUAAAGGUUUUAUGAUUCAAGGUGGUGAUAUAUCUGCUCGAAAUGGCACUGGAGGAGAAUCAAUCUUUGGCAUGAAGUUUGAAGAUGAGAACUUUGAGUUGAAACAUGAAAGAAAAGGAAUGCUAUCAAUGGCUAAUUCUGGUCCUAAUACUAAUGGCUCUCAGUUUUUUGUCACUACAACUCGUACUCCUCAUCUAGAUGGGAAACAUGUUGUGUUUGGCAGGGUUAUUAAAGGAAUGGGUGUAGUUCGUUCGGUUGAGCAUACUACUACAGGAGAAAAUGACGUACCCACUCUAGAUGUCAUUAUAGAAGAUUGUGGGGAAAUUCCCGAGGGAGCAGAUGAUGGGGUGUGUGACUUUUUCAAGGAUGGUGACACUUACCCUGAUUGGCCACUCGAUCUUGAUGUUAAGCCUGAGGAGAUUUCUUGGUGGAUAACUGCUGUUGAUACCAUUAAAACCUUUGGGAAUGAACAGUUCAAGAAACAAGAUUACAAAAAUGCUCUUAGAAAGUACCGCAAGGCUCUCCGUUACUUGGAUGUCUGCUGGGAGAAGGAAGACAUUGAUGAAGGAAAAACAGAUUCCCUAAGGAAGACCAAGUCUCAGAUAUUUACAAACAGUUCUGCCUGCAAGUUGAAACUGGGAGACUUGAAAGGAGCAUUAUUGGAUGCAGACUUUGCACUCCGUGAAAUGGAUGAUAAUGUGAAAGCUCUGUACCGUCAAGGCCAGGCAAGUAUGGCACUCAACGACAUAGAUUCUGCAGUUGAAAGCUUCAAGAAAGCACUAGUCUUGGAACCUAAUGACGGUGGUAUAAAGAAGGAGCUAGCUGCUGCAAAGAAGAAGAUUGCUGAUAGACGGGAACGAGAAAAGAAAUCGUUUGCCAGAAUGUUUCAGUAGAUUACAAAGAUAAAGGCUUCAUAUUUGCACCUGCUAGAUUUUGUAAACCUCAAGUUAGACUCUUUCCUGUCAAGAACAUGUUCAACUUGAGAUACAUCAGGCUUUGUGGGAGAUCUUUGAAACAACUGUAAGAACAUAAAAGCCUGUUUAAAUUUUGUUCUGAAACUCUUUUUUUUGUCUUGGCUGUGUAACACUAGCAAAAUUUGAGUUCUAAACAUUGCUUAUUGAUGAAGACUCGGAGGUUUAUUCGAACAUGACUGUUUUCAUAUCACGUGCAACAUAUGAUUUUAUUUCGAGAAAAAAUGGAUUCUGGUGC